AUGACCUAUGAAAGUCUGAACGUGCUUUUUAUAGUGAUACACAUGUUCUCGCCCACAGAUGGUUCUUCCUCAAUGGCACACCUCCUUUCCUCUCCUAGUCAUAGUGCAGAAGUUCCUGACGUGGUACAAUGUUCUCCAGGAUCCCCUGUUCCUCAGAGCUUACAUUGCAGUCUUUACCACGCGGAUUGCUCUGAUCUUGUAGAAUCUUCUAAUCAUAAUGGAGAUCAGACAUUUAUGGGUUCAGAAUGGGGAGAGACUUUCACUUUUCCAUGUUCCGAGUGUGAAAAGUCCUUCAGGUCCAUCUCUGAGCUGAGCGUUCACCAGAGAGAUCACACGGGCGAGAAGACCUUCACCUGCUCAGAGUGUGAGAGAUCCUUCAUAUGGGAAGAGGAACUUAUUGUACAUCAGAGUGUUCACACUCGUGAAAAGCCCUUUUCCUGUCCCCAGUGCGGAAGAUGCUUUUCACAUAAAGGAAAACUCAAUAAGCAUAUGAAGUGCCAUACUAGCGCACAGCCGUUUUCCUGCCCAGAAUGCGGGAAAUGUUUCAUAGAGAAAGGACAUCUCCUUAGCCACCAGAGAGGACACACCGGCGAGCUUCCGUUCUCGUGCUCCGAAUGUAAGAAGUCAUUCAUAAGCCAACCAAAACUCAUCAUCCACCAAAGAAGUCACACCGGGGAAAAGCCCUUUUUGUGUUCUCAGUGCGGGAAAUGUUUUUCCCAAAAAGGACACCUCACCAUCCAUCUGAAACACCACUCCGGGGAGAAGCGGUUCCCCUGUGCUGAGUGUGGGAAGCGCUUCAUAGAGAAAACAAAGCUUCUUAGGCACCAGAAAUGUCACAUGGGCGAGCAGCCUUUUUCUUGUUCGGAGUGUGGGAAAGGUUACACGCGGAAAGAGCACCUCAUUAGACAUCUGAGAUAA